AACAAAUACAGAAACUGCUAUUGUCCAACAUAAAUUCAGACAAUGAAUAAAUGUAAACUUUAAUACUUGAAUGAAAUGUAAAUAUAUUAUGCAUUAUUUUUAAACAAUCAAAUUUAUACUGAUUGUUACUGAAAUAGUUUUAUUCUUGGUUGGUUCUAAUAAAAACAUAUGUAUAACAGCUCGUUUUAGACGAGUGAAUACGUAAAAAAGAAUGAUUCUUUCAAUAAAUAAGAGCAUAUACUUAAUAGUAUGUCAGGGAACCUAGACGCUAAUGUGUAAUCGAGUUCAGAAUAUUUCAGCAUGUCAACUGAGUGUGCGCGAGGCAGAAAUGAGCCUGACAAUGUGAAAACCUUGUCUACACCAGGAGGAUUAAAAUAAAAAAUUCAAGAGUGGAUACUGAUGGCAGAAUACCUUCCUUCAAUUUAUGCAACAAAUCUGCAGUCAAGCGGGAAACCCGUUCUUAAUAUUUCCCGGGAAAUACUUUCCGCCAAAACACAAACAAAGAAUUACCCGCCUUUACAGUCAAGUCGAUGGGGGAAGGGACUAUGAACCCUAUUGGUUCCUGAAACCUACAGGAACUCCGACAGCCAAUGAAACGCGUUGCCAUGAGCUCACGUCACACACCAGCGCGUCAGCUGUUCAGAGGAGGAUUGCGCGACAGAACACAGUUUUGGCGCUAGUCUGACGGCGGAGAGGACUCGGAGAGAUCUACAACUUGUGAUAAUUACAACGAUUAUCAACACAAAUUCAGCUUCAAUCAGGUCUGCUUCCUGGUUUUAAACUAAAAAUGCCCAGCACUCGCUCACAGAAUCAGCCCACCCUUCAGUUCCCCCGAAGAAAGUCUUCCAGAUUGGGUUCUCGACCUAAAAGCUCCUCUGAGAAUGCAGCGGACGUCCAGACCACCCCUCUGUCCCCUAGAAAGACAAAUGUGGGAGAUUCGCUUGGCGUCUGUCUGUCUCCCAGGAACUCUGUGUUGAAAAACAGCUCUUCGUCUGAGAGGCUGCCCUUGAGUCCUCGCAAACGCACAGGUGAUGAGAACGGCUGUAACCUCCCGGCCUCUGUGCUUGGCUCUCCUCCGAAGCAGCGCUGCGCUCCUUUGUGCUCCUCUCGUAAACUGUCUUUCAAUGAAAACACGCCGGUCUCCUCACCCAAAAUCCCCCUCUUUCCUAUGUCACAUCCAUUGCCAAAGCGGCUGCAAGAGACUCCCUGCUCAAACACGAUCCCCUGUACAGAGGGAAAGUUCCCUUCUACUCGACUCUUUCCUGUAAAAAAAUCGGGUUAUCAGAGUGUAAAGCAGGCUCUUCACACUGCAGUACCUGAACGUCUUCUCUCUCGUGAGGCAGAGAGAGCUGCCAUCGUCUCCUUCCUGGAGAACCACGUGGUGGCGGAUAAACCCUCCAGCCUCUAUAUUUCUGGUGCUCCUGGCACAGGCAAGAGCGCCUGUCUGAACUGUGUCCUCCAGGAACAAAAGGCUCUGUUGGAAGGUGUUCAGACUGUGCUCGUCAACUGUAUGAAUCUGCGUAGCUCACAUGCCAUCUUUCCAUUGUUGGGAGAGAGACUGGGGGUCCCAAAGGGCAACAGCGAGGCUCGGCUGGAGAAACUUCUGACCAGCUCUGGGCCCACUGUUCUGUUGGUUCUUGAUGAGAUGGACCAGUUGGACAGCAAGUCUCAGGAGGUUCUCUACACGAUCUUUGAGUGGCCUUACCUGCCCAGCUCUCGUGUUUGUCUCAUCGGUAUUGCUAACGCAUUGGACCUGACGGACCGUAUUCUGCCUAGACUGCAGGCCAAACCACACUGCAGACCCAAGCUGCUCAACUUUCCUCCCUACAGUCGUGAGGAGCUUAAUGCAAUCGUUCAAGACCGGCUCACACAAGUGUCAGGGGAAGGUGUCUUGGACGCAGCGGCAGUUCAGUUCUGUGCCAGAAAAGUUUCAGCGGUGUCAGGAGAUGCCCGUAAAGUGCUCGACAUAUGCAGGAGGGCCGUGGAGAUUGUAGAAGCGACUGACCGGUCUAAAACGGCAUCCGAACCUGCAGCCAGCCCUAAAGUGUCGCGGGUGGGUGUUCCUCAGGUGGCGCGGGUUUUAUCAGAGGUGUAUGGCGACCGUAUGGCAUCCGGCAGCGGGGACGGCGAGAGCUUUCCAUUGCAGCAGAAGCUUCUGGUCUGCUGUCUGCUUCUUAUCAUCCGUAACGGCAAAAGCAAAGAGGUCCAGUUGGGCAAGCUGUGUGAAGCGUACAGUAAGCAGUGUAAGCAGAGGCAGGUGGGAGGCGUCGGACAGACCGAGUGUUUGUCUCUCUGCAGUCUGCUGGAGAGCAGAGGAAUCUUCACUCUCAAAAAAGCCAAGGAGGCUCGACUGACUAAAAUCUCCCUGAAGAUUGAAGAGCGGGACGUAGAGAAUGCUUUGAAGGAUCGAACUCUUCUUGGAAGCAUAUUAGCAGCUGGUCUGCCAUAAAUGACAUCAGAUUUCAAGUUUGUUUUUUUACUAAUUUUACUUUUCCUCAUAUGUCAGUAUUUUAUAAUGCUUUGAUGUGAAAGUCUUGUUUAAAAUGACAUGUGCUAUGAUUUGAUCCAAAAGGGUUGCUCUCUCCAUUGUUUGUGUCAAACAUUUGGCCUGCCUUUUAAAUGUAGGAUUAUCUUUUUUUUAUUUUUAUUUUUUUUAAGUAUUCUUAAAUGGGCAUAAAUUCUUCUUUGUGUCAAAACAGAAGACAUUGCCUUCUAUUUUAUUUUGUACAUCAGCUUUGUAAUGGUUUGGGGUGGGAUGUACACUUUUAAUAAAGCAGAAUGUGUUACUCUUUUAAUUGUAUCUCUCAAAAUCAAUCAGUAGGUGUUUUAAAUCUGCUUGUUAGUUUCACUUGUGUGUUGACCAACAAUUUGGCUUCACACAAUCCACAAGCCAAAAAUAAAGGCCAUCCUAAAUGUAGAUAAGUUGGUUUCUUCGAAAAGAUUUGGAUAAAUUUAGCCUUGUCACUUGCUCAGCAGUGAAUCCUCUGUAGUGAAUGGGUGCCGUCAGAAUGAGAGCUGAUAAAACUUUUACAUUAAUCCAUACAACUCGUGAAGUAAAAGGCUGUGCGUUUGUAAUGAACAAAUCCAUGUCUUCUAUUGUGUGAAUUAUUGUGUUCUUAGCUUUAUCUGCUGUCAUUCUGACGGCACCCAUUCACUGCAGUGGAUCCCUUAGUGAACAAGUGAUUUAAUGUUAAUUUAUUUUCCAAAUCAGUUCCAACAAGGAAACAAAUUUUCAUUUUUAGGUGUACUAUUUCUUUAUUUAUUUUUAUUAAACCAAAUGAAGAAAAACAACAAUGAAGACCUUUAAAACCAUUUCAACCCGCUAGUCAAAAUUAAGCUCGUCACAAAGCAUUAGUUAACAUGAUUUUAUUUUUAUUUUUUUUGGACAAAGUGAGAAGUAAAAACGCUGCAAAGAAUCCCUUUGUCUGUUCUGCUUGCAUUCUAAGAGUAGUUAGUAGUUGAACAAAUGUGAAGCUAGUUUUUAAAACGCUCAAGGUUUAAUUUGUUUGGUUAAACAUUAGUCCCUUUCAAUCAGCACAGCAUUUAUCAUGCAAAUAAAAAAAAUCUCCAUACACAUUGCAAUGCAAAACAAACAAAAUCAGUAUUUCCUUGUCUAUACAUUAAGACGAUUUUAGUGAAACAAAUAUAUGGAGUGAAAAAAAAAA